AUGCAAUCCUCAAACACGAGCCAAAUUCCCAGCCCGUUCCUCGGCACCAUUAUGGAAGUAUGCAUCGUAACGCCUUCGGCCAAGCAUACCAUGGACGGCCUUCUGAAGCUUGGUAUAGGUCCCUUCCAGGUCUUCAGCUUCAAUUCGGACACAGUUCCUACCCAGCAAUACCGUGGGGGCCUAGGAUCCUUCGAACUCAAGGUGUGCUUCGCUAAGCAGGGCGCCUUGACCUUUGAGAUUAUGCAGCCAAUCUCAGGGCCCAGCCUCAUGGCCGAGUACCUCGAAAAGAGCGGGGGUAACGAAGGAAUUCAACACGUAGCUUUUGAUCUUGGAAAUGUGCCGAUGGCGGAGCGGCAGGCGAGGAUGAAGGCGCGUGGGUUCGAUGUUGCUAUGGAGGGCCGAUGGAAGGGCCGAAGAGGGGAAUGCCACUUUUGCUUCUUUGAUACGGAAGGGAGUACAGGAACAGUCUUUGAAAGCAUUGAAUUUUCGAAGGACUGGGAGGAUCCGGAGUGCCUGUGGUAUCCCGCCCCGCCGGGCCAGGACGCUGGUGUGGAGCAUGGUUUGAAAAAGUAG